AUGGCCUGGAACAACCGCCGUGGUGCUAGAGGACGCAAUGCGGACCGCAUGAGGCAAGAUGAGGAAGAUGAGGCCUUACUUCUUAUGAGUGCCUCGUUAAUGUUAAUGCAUCCGUCACUUGCACACGUGGAUAAUAAUCAACCACUUCCGCAACAUGAUGGGUCAUUCACAGAUAGGCAGUGGGUCGAAAGCGUACUCUACGGUCAUCAUAGACGCUCAAUAGACAACAUGCGUAUCACGGUUGAUAAUUUCUUGCUGCUGUCCAAUAUCCUUGUCGAGAGACAAUACGUUCCACACAAUUACCAACAGCGCGUGCCCAUACAGGAGGCGCUUGCUAUGACCUUUAAUGUUGCUGAAAUAAUACGACCGGGUGACCAGACUGCAGUUCAUCCACGAAUUGCAAACUCAACUAAUUUUUAUCCAUGGUUCAAGGAUGCCGUGGGAGCGAUGGAUGGUACCCACAUCUCAGCUUGUCCUCCGACAGGCGAGCAAAUGGCAUAUACAAAUCGGCACGGGUGGCAAUCACAGAAUGUUCUGGCAGUUUGUGACCAUGACAUGCGCUUCAUCUAUGUGUAUGCUGGAUGGGAGGGAAGUGCACACGAUGCGCGAGUGUUGGAGUCAGCAUUAGCAUAUCCGUCCGAUUUUCCACUGCCGCAACCUGGCCGGUACUACUUAGUUGAUGCGGCAUACAAGAAUGCUCCAGGUUUCAUGCCCCCGUAUAAGAACGUGGGGUCCGAAUCUCCGGCAAAGGCCUUGUUCAAUACUCGACAUUCGCAACUUCGCAAUGUCAUUGAGCGCACAUUUGGUGUGCUUAAGAAAAGAUUCAAAUGGUUAAAGGGUCCGGUAGAUAAUUUCUAUAUGAGCACUCAAAUCAGUAUAGUCAUUGCUUGUUGUGCGUUGCACAACUUUUUAAGGAUGCACCAACCAGAAGAUGCCCAUUUUCAACGGUUUGAAUCAGAAGACGUGCACUUAAAUGAAGAGCCAGAAAUAGGCUGGCUAGUACCUCAGCCGUUCGCAUUAAACGUAUCUCCUGCAGAGCUGGCGGAAUGGAAAGCUAAACGAGACUACAUAGCGACUCAAAUGUACGCAGCACGGGGGCGACGCCGCCGUUAG